UCAAACUAAAUAACCUGGCACGUAACCUUGAAACAAUAUAAUCCUCUGUUAAUAGAAAGUUGUUUAAAAUUGACUAAUAAUGACAUUUGACAAUUCGUGGCAUGUGAUAAAAAUUGCUGCCGAAGAAAAUAGACACGAAUUAGUGUUGUCAGGUCCAGCAAUUUCUGACCUAAUACAAAAAAGAGGCUUUGACAAAUCUUUGUUUAACCUACAGCACUUAAAUUAUUUGAAUAUCACACAGACAUGUUUACAAGAGAUAUCAACAAAAAUCAAAAAUUUACAAAAUCUGACGACUCUAGUUCUACAUUCAAAUGAAAUUUCAGAAUUACCUGGUACAAUUGAGAAAUUAGAAAAACUGAAAGUUCUCGAUUGUUCCAGGAACAAGUUGAAAUCUGUGCCAGAUGAAAUUGGUAAUCUUCCACAAUUAACAACUAUGAACUUGAGUUCAAAUCUUUUAAAAUCCUUGCCCACGCAAAUAAAUAAUGUUAAGUUGACUGUUUUGAAUCUUUCGAAUAAUCAGUUUGAAGUCUUUCCUGAUGUAUGCUAUCCAGAAUUGGUUCAUCUUUCUGAAAUUUAUGUUAAUGGAAAUAAAAUAAAAGAAAUUCCUGCAACUAUAAAUCAGCUUUCAUCUUUAAAAAUAAUAAAUGUAGCGGACAAUUUGAUUACAGUCAUUCCAGGUGAAAUAGCUGAUUGUAAUAAGCUCAAGGAACUUCAUUUAAAAGGGAAUACAUUGGCAGACAAAAGAUUAUUAAAAUUGAUUGAUCAGUGCCGUAGUAAACAAAUAAUAGAAUAUGUGAGAUUGCAUUGUCCUAAACAAGAUGGUUUUAUUAAUUCAAAUGCUAAAUCAAAAAAAGGAAAGAAAGUACAAAAAUUAUCAGAAACUGAAAAUAAUGCUAAUGUAACAGAUAUUUUAACACACAAGAUAAAAGUAUUGAAAAUAACAAAUGACAUACCAUUAAUUAAAGUUACAAAAUAUGUGAGAAAUAUUAGACCUUAUAUUGCAGCUUGUAUUAUUAGAAAUAUGAGUUUUAUAGAGGACAGUUUUAAGAAAUUUAUUCAACUUCAAACUAAAUUACACAAUGGUAUAUGUGAAAAAAGAAAUGCAGCUACUAUUGCUACGCAUGAUUUGAAAUCAAUUGUUUCUGGAGACUUAAUAUACACAGCACAACGACCAAAUGAAUUAAAAAUCAAGCCAUUAAUGCGUAAUAAUGUUUAUACUGGUGCUGCAUUGUUUCAACAAUUACAAACUGAAGCUGACAAUUUAAGAAAAGAAAAAAAACGCAAUGUAUAUUCUGGCAUUCACAAAUAUAUAUAUUUAUUAGAAGGUAAACCUCUAUUUCCAUGUUUAUUAGAUGCCUCAGAGCAAGUUAUAUCAUUUCCACCAAUAACAAACAGUGAUAUUACAAAAAUGUCAGUAAAUACUCAAGCAAUACUAAUAGAAGUAACCAGUACUAUAUCAUAUGAUAUUUGCAGAAAUGUACUGGAUCAAUUUUUAAAAGAAUUAGUCAUACUUGGUUAUGGAUGUCUCCCAGAACAAAAGGAUUCUUCAAACUAUCAUAAUUUAGUUGUACAACAAGUAAAAGUGGUAACUAUGGAAGGUAAAAUGAUACUGUUAUAUCCUUCUGGAGCAGAUUUACAUUUUGCAGAAAAUCUUAUAACUGUAUUGCGUGAGUAA